AUGAUCGCUGUUAUGUCGCCUCAGAUCCCACGGUCCUCAAUUGUCGCAUCUGACGAGGCCAAUGUGUUCUAUCCGGUCGGAAACGAGCAACGCAAAGGCUUCUUGAACAAGCGAUCAGGUAAAGAAGUCUCAGACUUUCAGUGGAGAGUAUACGAUCACAUCAAAGCGAUCCCCUCAGGACAGAUCACAACCUAUGCCGAGAUCGCCCGAUCUCUUUUGUCCUCGCCUCGCGCUGUAGGUGGAGCUCUACGAAUCAACCCAUUCUGCCCUCUGAUACCGUGUCACCGAGUCGUUGCUGCCAAUGGCUCCCUGACUGGAUUCGCUGGCCAGACAGGUACAGGGAGCGCACUGGAUGACAAGGCAAGGCUGCUCAAGUCAGAGGGUAUCGAUAUCAGACCUGAUACAAAGGUUAAUGGCUAUACUAUCACGAAGAAGGACAUGCUUGCAAAGUCAUGGAGUAGGCCCAAAAAAGUCUCUUCAUGA